AUGAAAAUGAUGAAAAUAUUACUUUUGUUUUGUAUAGUCUCUUCCAUCUUUACAUAAACUCCUCAAGGAUCUUCAUAAGAUGGUCAAAGUAAGAUGAUUAGAUUUAUAAUAUUUUAGCUGUUCCUGGAAGUUCUGAUGGUAUGUAAGGUGCACCCUAUGACUAAUAAGGAUAAUAAAAUACAACAGGUAUAUAAAAAUAUCUUAUGUUUUAUAGGUGUAUAAUAAUAAGGAGGUAUGUAAUAAGGCGGUAUGGGAUAAGGUGGUCAACAAAAAGGAGGAAAGGCUAAGAAAUGCUAACCAAAAUAAGGACAAUAAGAAGGAUAACCAUAGGUUUAAUAACAAGAACAACAACCAAGUUAAUAAAUUCUUCCUGGAAAUCAACUUCCAGGUUAAUAAAAUUAAUAAUAACCUUCAGGUACAUCAACACCUUAAUAACAACCUGGUAUGGGAUAAUAUCCACCAGGAACUUAAUAACAACCUAGUGCAGGAACAUUAUCAUAACAUAAUGUAAACUAAAUAUUUAUCUAAAAAAUCAAAGCAUUUUAAAAUGGAAUAAAAGUAGUAGAAAAAUAGAUUUAUAUAUCAAGAACAAUUGA